UGAGACCCUCAUAAAUGAGAAGCCUCGGCUGAGCGCGCACCCAAAGGCGAGGCUGAGCGCGCACAGAGCAUCACUGUAACCCAGGAGACGCUUUAACUUCAGGAGUCCCAGCAGGAGUCCCAGCAGAAGCACCAUCAGGAGUCCCAUCAGGAGCCCCAUCAGGAGCCCCAUCAGGAGCACCAUCAGGAGUCCCAUCAGGAGUCCCAUCAGGAGCACCAUCAGGAGUCCCAUCAGAACCGGAACCAUGCUCUCUGCGUGUCUGGAGCUGCUGGGUCUGGGUCUGAGCCUCUCUGGCUCUCUGCUGGUGAUGGUGGCCUGCGGGCUGCCCAUGUGGAAGGUGACCGCCUUCAUCGAGUCCAACAUCGUGGUGGCUCAGACCCUCUGGGAUGGUCUCUGGAUGUCCUGCGUGGUGCAGAGUACCGGACAGAUGCAGUGCAAAAUCCACGACUCGGUUCUGGCUCUGUCUCAGGACCUGCAGACGGCCCGAGCCCUCACCAUCAUCUCCGCGGUGCUCGGUGUGGUCGCUCUGUCCGUCACGGUGGCCGGAGCGCAGUGCACCAACUGCAUCCGAGAGGAGGAGGUGAAGAGGAAGGUGGUGCAUGCUGGAGGAGUCCUGUACAUCCUCAGUGGACUCCUGGUGCUGGUUCCGCUCUGCUGGCUCGCCAACAACAUCAUAGUGGACUUCCACGACCCGCUGGUACCGGCGUCCAAGAAGAGGGAGAUCGGAGCGGCCAUCUACAUCGGCUGGGCCGCCACAGGGAUGCUGCUGAUGGGAGGGACGCUGCUCUGCUGCUCCUUCUGCUCUGGAGUGAGGACCACCAAGACCUUCAAGUACGCACCCACAUCCAUCACCUCCAACGGGGGGGUCGAGAAGAAGUAUUAUGUAUAAACUCAAAGUCCACUUUGGUUUUUUGGGACUUUUGUUUUUGGAGAAACUUCUGAAAGUUUGACAUGAUUUGUUGCCAGAAGAUGCUGAUGAGACUGAUGGAGCUCAUUCUGAGCACAGAGUGGGUGUAACAGAAGUUUAUUUAUGCUCCUAAUGAGGUUUUAAUCUGCUAGUGAUGCAUCACAAGGCCACUGCUAGUGAAGUCUGGUAAUUAAAACAUUCAUUGGUUGAUUAGUACGGAGGACAAAACCUGCCACAAUCAAAAAUAGAUAAAUAAAUAAGCCAUUAAAUGAACCAAAAAUAAUAAUAAAAAUAAAUGUAAGCACUAAUUAAUUGAUAAAAUGUGACAAAUUGAUAAUUCUGUUUAACUUGCUUACUU